AUACUCUUCAAGAAGAAGCUAUAAUCUCUAUAAUCGCUCCGACCUCAGCAUGCGUAUUUAAAGCUGCGUGCUUCAACAACAUCUCCUCAUUUACAGAAGCAGAAGGUGGACAUCACUGACUUCAGACCAGCGGACCCAGACCAGCAUCAGGAGCAGAAACCAGCUGAAUAUUUAGAGAAGUACUGAGCUGAAUGAUGAGUGCUGCUCAGAGUCCAACAACACUGGAGUCCAAACUCAAGGCCCUGCAGUGCCACUUCACCUGGGAUCUGGACCACAGGAAGUCCAUCCUCUUACGUCACAGGGACUACCUGGAGGACAUCGGCACCGAGGAGGGGAACAGCUGGCUGGGUCACAUCUACAACCUGCGGGGGUUCGUCCAGUACCAGCUGGGGUUCACCGAAGACGCCCAGAGUCUCUUCAACAAGGCUGCAGAGGCCUUCAGGAAGAUAAGAAACGCAGACCAGGGUCCCUGGUUGGUGGUGAACUACGGGGACCUGGCGUGGCUUCACCACCACCUGGGAGACCAAGCAGAGAGUCAGGCUUACCUGUCAAAGGUCCACGCCCUGAUGAAGAAAUACCCCUCUCCAUCCCAGGACCCCCAGGACCAGCUCCAUCCAGAGAUCUACGCUGAGAAAGCCUGGACCCUGAUGAAGUUCAGCACUGACAAGAAACCGGCUGCAGAUUACUUCCAGAGAGCCAUCAGGAUGCAGCCGGACAUGGUGGAGUGGAACACCAGCUACGUCUUAGGGUUAGUGUCUAAUUUUUGGCAAAACUACAAAGGACCGGAGGCGGAGCUUCUGGAGAAAAUGAGACUCGCCAAGGAACAGGAUCCAGAGAACUUGUACCUCGCUGUUCACUACCUCGAGCAAUGUGCAAAGAAAAGACAGAAAAUCAAAGAAGAAGCACGUGAGUUAGCCAGAAAGGUGUUGAGAAAUCCUGUGAGCAGCUACAGUGGCAUUAGACCUUUACUAAGGCUUUUCAUAAAUCAUGUUUCUAUUGAUGAGGCCAUUGCUUUGGCAGAGGAGGCUCUGGGAACCCAUCCAGAGGAGCGUUAUCUGAAGAGCUGUCUCGCAUACUGCUACAAAUGGAAGAUCUUCAAGGAAAGCCCAAAGCAAAGCGAGAUAGACCGAGCCAUCAGUCUCAAUGAGGAGGUGAUUGACCUCUACCCUCAUUCUUCAUUUGCAAAAAAAAUGAACCUCGCAAAGUUAUACCUAAAGUUAGAUGACUGCCGUGAUAAAGCUGAGCAGAUGUACCAGGAGCUGCUAAGAAGAGAUCGGGAGCCUGCAGACAAACAGAUGCUCUACUACAACUAUGCAAAUUAUUUACACUUCUAUCGCAAAGACAGUGAAGCGUCACUACGAUAUCACAUGGAGGUGGCAAAGAUACCGCUUCAAUCCAUCUUUCGGAAGAAGAGCAUCACAACCCUAAAGAAGAACCAAAACACAAGCCCAAUUGGUAGAGAGAUAGAGGAGUUUCUGGCAAUCCUGCCGGAGCCAUGAUGGUUUUAACAUUCACCCAAAGCAAAGCAAUCAGUCUCCAUGAAGAGGUGAUGCUCUUUAGCCUCAAUCUCUCCUUAUGAAGAAAACAGAACUCGCAAAGUUAAAUCACGGCCAUGAAAAAGCUCAGCAGAUACAUCAGGAACUGCUAGAAAAUGGUCUGGAACUUGCAGACAAACAUUAGAUAUAUUUACCACU